CAUAUGGUCUUACUUCCUUCACGCGGAUUCUCACACCAAUUAAUAAUCCCACCCAAAAUUCCAUAAAUUCAAUCCACAAUUUUAUUUCACAAAAUUUAACCCCAAAAUCUUUAAAAAGCAUUUAGCAGCUUUUUUCCAUGGCAUCAGCUGCUAUCUUUUCAUCAUUACGCCGGAGCCGUUCGCCGUCGUUAGACGCCUUUUUAGCACCGGUAGAUCUAGAAAACGACGUCGUCGGACUCCUCAAAACCUUAACAACAAUCUCAUCACAGCUCAUCACAUCUUUCUCCAACAAAACGCUGUCGUUUCAGAAGAAAAACACAAGAUCUUUGCUUAGGAAAAUCCAGCUUUUUUACAUCUUGUUGGAUUCCUUUCAAGAUUCAUCAACAGGUGAGUCAAAGUCAAACCUACCGUCAACGGUUGUUUUGUGCUUUAAAGAGUUGUACCUUUUGCUUUAUAGGUCUAAAAUCUUGCUUGAUUAUUGUGCACAAUCUAGUAAGUUAUGGCUUUUACUUCAAAACCCAUCGAUUUCUGGCCAUUUUCAUGAUCUUGAUCAAGAAGUUUCAACCCUUUUAGAUGUGUUCCCUGUUACCAGUUUAGAAGAUAUAGUUAGUAUUGAUGUUAUAGAACAAAUUGACUUGUUAAAGGGUCAAUCAAGAAAAGAUGAUAAAUUGUUUAUUGAUACCCAUGAUGAAAAUUCAAGAUUGAUGCUGUUUAAGAUGUUAGAUGAUAUUGGGUGUGGAAAGAUCCCAACUUUACAAGAAUUUCAUGAUUUUUUUGUUAAGAAGUUGGGAAUUAUAGAUGCUAGGGCUUGCAGGAUUGAAAUUGAGUAUUUGGAAGAACAAAUAGUUAGUCAUGAGAGUGAUCUUGAACCAUCAAGUUCAAUACUUGGUGGGUUUAUAGCUAUGAUUAGGUAUUGUAGGUUUCUGUUGUUCGGAUUUGAUGAAGAUGAAGUUGAAGCUCUCAAGGGGAUGAAAAGGGUCAAAAGAGGGGGUAGGAAAAAAGGGUUGAUCUCGAAAGAGAUUGCGGAUACUUUUGUAAGCAUUCCUAAGGAUUUUUGCUGCCCGAUUUCGUUGGAUUUGAUGAUGGAUCCUGUUAUUAUAUCGACUGGGCAGACUUUUGAUAGAGGAUCGAUUUCUAGGUGGAUUGAAGAAGGGCAUUGUAGCUGUCCGAAGACUGGGCAAGUUCUUGUGCACAAGAAUCUUGUCCCAAAUAGGGCACUUAGAAAUCUGAUUAUGCAAUGGUGUAUGGCGCAUAAGAUACCUUAUACUCCUCCAGAAAGUUUGGACCCUGGAUCCGAAUCAUUUCUGGCAGCUCCGGCUAGCCGGGCGGCAGUUGAGGCUAACAAGGCAACUGUUCGGCUUCUGAUUCAACAGUUUGAAAAUGGGUCAGAUUGUGGGAAGACAAUUGCUGCACGUGAAAUCCGUUUAUUGGCAAAAACAGGGAGAGAAAACCGUGGAUUUAUAGCUGAAUCGGGUGUGAUUCCUCAUUUGAAGAGUUUGCUUUCUUCACGAAGUGCGGUAGCACAGGAGAAUGCCGUGACUGCAAUUUUGAAUCUUUCAAUCUAUGAAAAGAAUAAAACAUUAAUUAUGGACGAAGAAGGUUGUUUGAGAUCGAUUGUGAGCGUUUUAAGAUUUGGGCAAACGAUUGAGGCAAAAGAAAAUGCAGCUGCUGCGUUGUUUAGUCUUUCUGCAGUUCAUGAUUACAAGACAAUGAUAGCAGAUGAGGAAGGUGCGUUAUCUACAUUAGCGGGUUUAUUAAAAGAUGGGACGCCAAGAGGCAAGAAAGAUGCUGUUACCGCCUUGUUUAAUCUCUCAACGCAUACAGCAAACUGUGUGAACAUGAUUGAAAAUGGGGUUGUUAAAGUUUUAGUCGAGGCCUUGGAAUGUGAAAAUGUGGCUGAAGAAGCUUCUGGUGCGUUGGCGUUAAUAGUACGACAACCUGUCGGUGUCGAAGCCGUCGGAAAUGAGGAAAAAGUGGUGAUCGGUCUGAUUGGAGUAAUGAGGUGUGGGACACCUAGAGGUAAAGAAAACGCAGUGGCGGCGUUGCUUGAGCUUUGUCGGAGUGGUGGGGCGCACACCACCGAACGUGUCUUGAAAGCUCCAGCAUUGGCGGGUUUGAUACAAAGCUUGUUGUUUACUGGGACAAAACGGGCUAGGAGGAAGGCAGCAUCACUGGCACGGGUUUUCCAACGUUGUCAUUAUGAUACGUUGCAUUUCAAUGGUUUUCGAUUAGGGUAUGGUUUUGCCGGAAACUCUACUACUGGAAAUCUAGAUUCGGGCUUUUCAGCAGAGACAGUUUCGGUUUCAAUGUCUAUGUCUGUUUCGGUUUCAUAGCAUGGUAACAUGUUUUAUCAAGAUCCAAAGCCUCAUCUGUUAUUCCAAAUAUAUUCAUUGUUAUGUUAAUCUGUUAUUUAUAAAUUAUAAUUAAAAGAUUCAUUCAUUUAACCCUGUU